AUUGCGUAUUUUCGACAUUUUCGUUUAUGUUUUGUAGGAGUGAGUUGUCUAGUCCAAUUUGUUGGUUAUCAUAUUCAUAAUUACUAUUUUGUGAUUAAACGAUAUAAUACCAAAUGAUUUCCCAUAACUUCGCUUAGUUUUAGUUCUAGUGUGUCAGCUGUUUGUGCAGUGUUUUUUUAUCUGUUAGGUUAGUUAUAUCUCGGAUCUAUACAUUGAAACAUGCAAAGUCCACCCUAUCCUGUGUGUGUGCCUUAUAAUCAAUACUUUAACGCUUACCCAGUUAUCCAUUACCAGCAACCACCCAGUGCUGCCAAUGGAUACGGUUGGCAUGGUAAUGGCUAUGGAUGGCAGCUAGAUCCAAGCGCAUGGCGUUCAGCACCUGUAGAUUGCUCGGAAGUAAACGCUACAGCCGUGGAAGAACCCUUAAUACAUGCGGAGAAGCUUACCAAACAAAACGCAUGGUUUUCUCCCAGAAGAUAUGACCCGUUCGGUGAAAAAGGAUCUGGAACACGUUCAAAAACUGGAGGGGUACAAGAUUUCUAUCAACUACGUGAUGAAUGUCUCGCUAAUGGUACACUUUUCGAAGACCCAGAAUUUCCUGCUACUGAUACGUCAUUGUUCUUCAGUGAAAUACCGGAUAGAACUUAUGAGUGGAGAAGACCCCACGAAAUUUGCACUGAUCCUAAAUUUUUCGUGGAAGGGUUUUCCCGUUUUGAUGUACAACAAGGUAUCCUUGGUGAUUGCUGGCUUUUGGCAGCUACGGCCAAUCUAACCCUGCACAGCCGUUUAUUCUUCCAAAUCGUACCUGAUGAUCAAGAGUUCGAUGAUAAAUAUGCAGGCAUAUUCCAUUUUCGAUUUUGGCAAUAUGGCAAAUGGAUAGAUAUUGUGAUUGAUGACAGGUUACCAACAUAUAGAGGUGAAUUGAUAUUCCUACAUUCUACUGAAGAAAACGAAUUUUGGAGUGCUCUGUUAGAAAAAGCUUACGCAAAAUUGAAUGGUUCCUAUGAAGCACUUAAAGGAGGAUCCACAUGUGAGGCUAUGGAAGAUUUUACUGGUGGAGUAUCGGAAAUGUAUGAAAUGGAAUCGGCUCCACCUAACCUAUUUCAAAUUAUACUUAAGGCCUAUGAACGGUGUUCACUUAUGGGAUGUUCUAUUGAACCUGAUCCCAACGUUCUGGAAGCUCAUACACCACAAGGACUCAUAAGAGGUCACGCAUACAGUAUAACAAGAGUUAAAUAUGUAGAAAUUCACACACCAAAUGUUUCCGGUAAAAUACCUUUACUUAGAUUACGUAAUCCAUGGGGAAAUGAAGAUGAAUGGAAUGGACCCUGGAGUGAUGAAGCACCAGAAUGGCGCUUCAUUUCUCAGGAAGAAAAAGAAGAGUUGGGUCUCACAUUUGAUAAAGAUGGCGAGUUUUGGAUGUCAUUUAAAGAUUUCAUGAAGAACUUCAGUAGAUUAGAAAUAUGUAACCUGAAUCCCGAUUCUUUGUCAGAAGCCGAAUUGGAAGAAGAGGAUAAGAAAAAAUGGGAAAUGUCUGUAUUUGAAGGUGAAUGGGUUAGGGGCGUGACUGCAGGAGGAUGCAGGAAUUUUCUUACUUCCUUUUGGCAUAAUCCUCAAUAUAGAAUUACUUUGACUGAUGUUGACGAGGACGACGAUGAAAACAAAUGUACUAUGAUCGUAGCCUUGAUGCAAAAAAAUAGAAGACAAUUGCGUCAAUCAGGGGCUGACCUACUUACAAUUGGAUUUGCCAUAUACCAUUUAUCUUAUCCAGACAGACUUCCUAAACCGUUAGAUUUGAACUUCUUUAAAUACAACGCUUCAGUGGCACGCUCUCCGUCCUUCGUUAAUUUACGUGAAGUUAGCUGUCGUUUCAAGCUCCCACCAGGAACUUACUGUAUUGUACCAUCCACGUUCGAUCCCAAUGAAGAAGGCGAAUUUCUACUAAGAGUGUUUACAGAAAAACAAAACGUCAUGGAGGAGCAUGAUGAUGAUGUAGGAUUUGGUGAAGUGGAGGAUAGUGCAAAUACAGAACCAUCUGAAGAAGAAAAAGAAGAGUUUCAUCAAGUUUAUGAAUUCUUCCUGAGACUUGCUGGAGAAGACAAAGAAGUAGACUGGAUGGAAUUAAAAGACAUUUUAGAUUAUUCACUUAAAUCAGAUCGCCAACGAAAGAAAAUUAUCUCUACGGAACCAAAAACUACUGUAAACGAUUUGAAUGAGGCGCCUAACAAAAAUUCAGACGAUGUGAUUUUAAUAAAAAAGAUAAAAAGGAUUAAAGAUCCGAAGAUAACACUGCCUGAUAAACCUCCCCAGGAAGUAACCACUACAACUUCUACUGCCAAUAACAAUAAUUCGUUCACAUCAUGUUUGGCUUUGUUUUGUGGAACAUUAUGUAAAGGUACUCCCUUGGCCGAUUUACUGACAUCAAAGGCCACAGAAACUCCUUUGAGAUCAGCUUUAACUGUACUGAAAGUAGAUGGUUUCUCAAAAGAUGUUUGCCGAAGUAUGAUUUCGAUGUUGGAUACAGACAAAUCAGGAAAAUUGGGCUUUGUAGAAUUCACAGAGUUGUGGGACUCUAUUCGACAAUGGAAGAAUGUUUGGAUGUUAUACGAUAAAGAUCAGUCUGGAACAUUUAGCGGUUUCGAGUUGCGACAAGCUUUGAAUUCAGCGGGUUUCAGGUUGAAUAAUAAGAUACUGAAUAUUUUGAUGCACAGAUAUGGUAACAGAAACGGUGAGAUGGACUUUGAAGAUUUCAUGAUGUGUGCUAUUAAAUUGAAAACAAUGAUUGAACUCUUCAAAAAGAAACAAUCAAAUUCAACAAGAAAUGCGAGUUUCUCGAUAGAUGAAUGGUUAGAAAACACUCUUUAUUCCUAAACAUAUAUUUUUGUUAGAUAUAUAAAAAUUUCAAAUGAAGCUUUUUUCUUCUAUUUUUGGAAAUGUAUGCUCGUUUCAAAAUUGUUAGUAAGAUUUAUUAGUAUUAAGAACGUUUAAUUCCUCAUUAUAUACACAAUAUAUACAAAUUUAUACAUUUUCUUGUUCAAUUGUUGACUCAUAAAUAAAUAUUUAUUGACGAA